ACGUAGAACUUGAAACCCUAGCCGUCUGUUUUUAUGUUCUCCAUCAGUUGACUCCCUCCGCCGCCGACGCCAACGCCAACAUCCACCUUCGAGUGUCGCUUGAUCUGGCCGCAGGCGCAUCAGAGGAAACCUUCAGGCGACCUUGACUCUGCUUCCCCUCGUGUGAUUUCCCCUGUUUCUGUUCCUUGCCUUCUCGCUAUCGCCAACAGGAGCCGAAGGGACGCUUCCAUUGGCGGGCGCUGUUUCUCCCUUUCUCGAUAUCGCGAUCAGGAACCUUGCAUCUAAAGUGACAAUGCUCAGGAAUCUACUGAACAACUUGCGGAGGGAAGGAAGCCUUGCAGUGGAUAAUGGACACAGGACGCUUGCGUUUGUUCAUAAACGUAGUUUCCACGAUGCAAAGGUCCUAAGUAGACCAAGAAGCUUCUUUGGAGUGGAAGAUUUCGUGGACGACGACAACAGCAGGCCAUACACUUACAAGAAGGAAAAAAGACCAAAGACCUUAAAUAAGCAUAUUUCAUUUAAGCAGCGGACGAUCGCUUAUAUGGAGCCCUUCUCGCUAGAUGUAUUCAUAUCGAAGCGGUUUGUGUCAGCUUCGCUCACACACAGGAUGACAUGCAAGCAGGUCGCAGUCGCAGGGACGAAUUCUAAGGAUAUCAAGGCAGUCCUCUAUUCCAGGUCAGACAUACCGGCAUGCUUGUCGGUGGGGCGGUUCUUGGCGGAAAGAGCAAAGGAAGCUGAUGUAUACACUUGUACUUACACUCCCAGGGAAAGGGACAAAUUUGAAGGCAAAAUUAGAGCUGUUGUUCAAUCUCUCAUCGACAGUGGCAUCGAUGUUAAAGUCUAUCUUGAUUGAGAUGUGAAAGGAAGAAUCUCAUGGUUUUUAUUAAGGAAAAAUGAGAAUGUCGAGUUUGAGUGCAUUUAUGGUUGGAUGCUUCGAGUAAAGUUUGAGUUCAUAA